UGGAAGCUCUCCGUCACUCCAGCUCUUUCCCCGUUGAUUCUCGCUCGAUCUUUCAAGCUAGCUUGCCCUGGUUGAAGCUCCUCUGACUUCAUCUCCUCCGUCCUGACCACAUUGGCAUACUUGCCUUGCUUGCGACAUCACCCUGCUCUUCGACGCAAUGUCGUCUUACUCGGAUGACGAGCACGACCCCCAGGCGGACGAGCUCCGCGAAACCGCUCUCGUCACGCUGGAAGCCUUGAUCAGCUCGUGCAGCCAACAGAUGCAACCUUACCUGCUCAACACCGUGAAAUCAGCUCUCAGAUUUCUUAAGUACGACCCCAAUGUCGCCGAUUUCGAAGAAGACGAGGAGAUGGGUGGCACCCAGGACGAUGGUUCGGAGGACGAUGGCACCGAGGAGCCCGACCUGGAUGAUGACGAGUUCGAAGACUUCGAGGAGGAGGGAGGAUAUAGUGAUGUUGACGACAUGAGCUGGAAGGUUCGUCGCUGCGCUGCAAAGCUGCUCUACUCCGUUAUCUCGACAUACGAGCGCGGCCGCACGUCGACCAAUCCGUCCUUGUACCAGCAAAUCGCUCCCGCCCUCAUUGCCCGGUUUAGUAAGGAAAGAGAAGAGAGCGUGAAGCUGGAGGUGGUCUCUACAAUGACAGCUCUGGUUCGCAAGACUGGCGACGGUGCUAUGAUUAUCACGUCGAGUGGCUUCUUGGAGUCCGUCGGCGGAUCGAAAAACUCGAGGAAGAGAAGACGACAGGACAGCGAUGCCAAUAUGAUUGACUUCGAACCCAGUAUCGGUACCUCAUCCGCGGUCGGCACCCCCGUUGCUGCUCCUUCGUCGCCCGAGUCGGGUCCCCAGGCCGACUUGGCCCGUUCGGUGCCCAUUAUCGUACAAAGCAUUGUUAAGAUGUGGAAGCAAGCGUCUGUUCCUUUGAAACAAGCUAUCAUCGUUCUUCUGAAGAGUCUGGCUCUUGUUCGUUACGGAGGGCUGGCAGAUCAUCUCCAGCAGAUCGAAGAUCCGAUCGCGGACGUCUUGAAAUCGGCGUCCUUGUCGGGUGGUUCGUCCGCCCCAGCGGGAGCUGCCGUCAGCGCGGGAACCCUCCAGGUCGAGACCUUGAGUCUUAUUGCCGCGAUUGCCGAAACACACACGUCGGAUGCUCUCCUGCCCUUCCUGAUCGCCUUGAUCCCUGGCGUCAUCGGAUCCGUCAAAGACAGGAACUACAAAGUCAGCAGCGAGGCCCUUGGCGCCGUUGAACAGAUCGUCAAGGCUCUGACCCCGCCCCGGGUAUCGACAACCUCUCAGGAUCUGCAGUCCCAGUUGGAGAAGCUAUACGAUGUGGUCCACGAUCGCAUCGCCGAUACGAGCGCCGAUCUGGAGGUCCGUCAGCGGGCCAUUCACGUAUUCGGUGUCCUUAUAGCCCGAACCUCUGGGGACAACGGACCGUCUUUCCUCUCCCUGGACCGCCGCUCAAAGGGUCUCCUUGUCUUGGUUGAUCGCCUGAGGAAUGAGACCACCCGACUUUCGGCGGUGCGUGCCGUGGACGAUAUCGCUGUCCUGUGCAGCCGCGAGGCUGACGUUCCGGCCACAUGGGUCAGCGAAGUUACUGCGGAACUCGCUGCCCAGCUGCGGAAGUCAGAUCGCGUGCUCCGGGGUGCCAGCUUGGAAGCUCUCCGUAGUCUAGCUAUGAACCCCAAGACUCGAGCCCACUACGAUAACAAGACCAUGAAGGACUUAGAAGAUUCGCUGCUGCCUCUGAUUACUGCCGAGGAUUUCCAUUUCCUUGCACCUGCCCUCAUCAUCCUAGCGAAGCUUGUGCCUGGAAACGCACAGCUUCUGGUCAACGAGGGGUUGGUUUCCGCUUUAUGCUCGAUUGUUGUUUCGUCGCUAGUUGGUACCGUCCUGAAGGCGCUCUUGCUGCUCGUCAAAGUGAUCGGGGAGGAAGAGGCCGGGGCCGAUCUAAUGAGACGGUUGCUACGCGACGUUGGUAUCAACGGCGACACCUCCGUUGUCGGGCGGGCCAUAGGUACUCUUGUUGUCCAUGGUGGACCGAAGUUGGGUGUAAAGAUGGAGGAUUUCUUGAAAGAGCUACAGACCGCACAGGAUGCUCAACGCAAAUGUCUUGCCCUUGCCAUCUUAGGAGAAGUCGGCCUUCGGAUGGGAUCCAAGUGCUCGUUAACACCAGACCUGUUCAUCGACCAUUUCAACUCCAAAUCCGACAAGGUCCGUCUGGCCUCGGCCGCGUCUCUUGGAAAUGCUGCUGCUGGUAACGUGAAUGCCUACCUGCCCACGAUCCUGAAUGGCCUGGACAAGUCGAACCCCCAAAGCUACCUGCUCCUGCAUUCGGUGAAGGAGUUGCUUCAGCAUCCCGAAAUUGUUCGCCCCGACGUGGCUCCUUCGGCUCUCAAACUCUGGCAGGCUCUCCUCCUUGUCUCAGAAGAGGAGGACAACCGUGCUGUCGGUGCGGAAUGCGUUGGCCGCUUGGCGCUGAUUGACCCUGUUGCCUAUAUUCCCCAUUUCCAGGAAUACUUGUCCAGCUCAGAUGCCGGUAUUCGCGGCGUCGUCAUCUCUGCGUUCCGCUACACCUUGUCCGACUCGAGGGAUACCUAUAACGAUGUGCUCCGACCGCUGAUUGUACCCUUGCUGGUCAAUAUGCUCAGCGAUCGUGACCUCGGCAACCACCGUCUUGCUCUGACCACAUUGAACUCUGCUCUCCACAACAAGAUGGACAUCAUCCUUCCUCAUCUCAACGAGCUCCUCCCGGCAGUCUUUGGCGACACGCAGAUCAAACCCGAACUCAUCCGUGAAGUCCAGAUGGGUCCAUUCAAGCACAAGGUCGACGACGGCCUUGAACUGCGCAAGAGCGCCUACGAAACCCUCUACGCCUCGCUAGACACCGCCUUCUCACUUUCCCACGUCUCGGAGUUCUUCGACCGCAUCCUCGCCGGAAUCGACGACGAGCAAGACAUCCGCACCAUAAGCAAUUUCAUGACCUCCAAGCUCAUCACGCUAGCCCCCGAAGAAACACAACGAUACCUCGACGCCCUCUCAGAACGCUACAGUGUCGUCCUAUCCUUCAAACUCAAAGACAACGCGGUGAAGCAGGACAUCGAGAAGGCGCAGGAAGCAUCGAACGGCGUCCUCAAGAUCACUCGCGAACUGAGCAAGGCGUUCCCGAACGCUGAGACCUCCGCGGAUAACCAUAAAUGGAAGGCUUAUAUGGAAUGGGUCCGGAAGACGUUUGCGACUCAGUUGAAGAGCUUGGAUACGGACUUUUAAAUCGUGGAGGGGUCAUCAAUGGAAAGAUGCGAAUGGUGGCCGUGGCCUUCAAUGAGGGAAUGAAGAACCCGUCAAUGACUAGUUUUACGAUAGCGAAAAAUGAACGGAGAUGAAUUUUAUGUCUUUUGAUUACUAGCAG